AUGGACGUUCAUCGCGCGACGGUUGAAACGGUGCGUAAUCGCAUUCAGCAUUUUUACGACACCAAAACAUCUUUCCGCGUCUAUCAUGGCAGCACCAACAGCACCCGCCACGCAAACUUUGACCGCGACGCUAUUGUCGAUGUCAGCUCUCUUAAUCAUGUACUAUCUAUCGACACCGAGUCAAUGAUCGCGGAAGUCGAGCCAAACGUCCCCAUGGAUGCUCUGGUUCGCGAAACCAUGAAAAUUGGGCUUCUUCCGCCGGUCGUGAUGGAGUUCCCGGGCAUCACUGUAGGAGGCGGGUUCGUAGGCACUGCAGGCGAAAGUAGCAGCUUCAAGCACGGCUUCUUUGACCGCACGGUAUUGAGUGCGGAGGUGGUUCUUGCUGAUGGAACGUUGGUCAGGGCCUCUACAUCGGAAAACGCGGCGCUCUUCGAAGGCCUGAGAGGAAGCUUCGGUACACUUGGUGUACUUACGAUGGUGGAAUUGCAACUGGUACCUUUAAAGUCCAUGGUGGAGGUUACUUACCAUCCUACGAGUUCAUUUGAGGAUGCGACGGCCGAGAUGCAACGACACACAGCUGAUCAAAAGAAUGACUAUGUGGACGGAGUACUCUUCUCCAAAACGUCUGGAGUGAUUGUUACAGGCCGCCUCACCGACGCGCCUGCAUCAAAUGUCACCAUCCGCCGCUUUUCCAAGCCCUGGAACGAAUGGUUCUGGAUACACGCAAAAUCCCGGGCGCAAGCAGUCGACGCUUCAACAGAACUAGUACCCAUAGAAGAUUACCUCUUUCGCUACGACCGUGGCGCCUUCUGGAUGGGCAUGUACGCUUACAAACACUUCAUGAUCCCCUUCAUGUGGUUUACGCGCUUCCUGCUCGAUUACUUCAUGCACACGCGCAUUAUGUACCACGCACUACACGCCUCGGGAUACACAGAUCGCUACAUCAUCCAAGACAUUGCCUUCCCCGCCGGCAACGCAGCUGACUUUGCAAACUUCAUCGAUCAGAAGUUCAGCAUAUACCCCCUGUGGCUGUGCCCGCUGCGCUCAGAUGGAAUGAGUUCCAUGGGCCAUCCGAAGCCAUAUACUGGCGCCGUUGCUGGCACACAGACAGGUAACGAAUAUGACGGAGAAUACAUCAACAUCGGCGUAUGGGGACCCUAUCCAUCCUCCGAAACCGAAUACGUCCGCGCAAACCGUGAGAUCGAAGCGAAAAUGUAUGAGCUCGGCGGAUUGAAGUGGCUGUACUCGCGGGUCUUUUACACCGAGGACGAAUGGUGGCAAGUCUACGACAAGCAAAAGUACUAUGCAUUGCGCCGGAAGUUCAAUGCGAUGUCGCUGCCAUCGAUUUGGGAUAAAGUCAAGGAUCGGGGGAGGAAGGAGGAGUUUGGGAAAGGCGUGAAGGGUGUCUUAAAGAGGAUUGUUAAGGGGAAUGCGUUUUUGAGCGGGCUGUAUGGGAUAUAUAAGGCGGUGAAGGGCGGCGAUUAUAUGUUAAAGAAGAAAGACUCGUAA